AGCACUUCCUACAUCACCGUACAACUCAAGAGUUUAGCCCUCCUCAUCUCGCGUCAGCCGUUUCCCGACGCGUGUAGUGUUUACAGUGAGUUUACCCCGCGCUGCUCGCAUCAUCACUAAAUGACGCACCGGACCGCUGCAGCAAAGUGCGCUUUACAUCCAAUUUACGGCUUCACGCGCGUUUAACCCAGAUGGAAAGGCAUCAUCUAAGGAGUUCAAAGUGAUAUUACAGCGGUGAUUUUAUUUUUAUUUUUUCGGAAAAUGAGUGGAGGGGAAAUCAUCUGUCAAGGGUGGCUGAGAAAGUCACCACCUGAGAAAAAACUGCGGAGAUAUGCAUGGAAGAAGCGCUGGUUUAUCCUGCGCAGCGGGCGCAUGAGUGGUGAUCCGGAUGUGCUGGAAUACUACAAGAGUGAUCAUGCUAAAAAGCCCAUUCGCCUCAUAGACCUGCACUGCUGCGAGCAAGUAGAUGCAGGCCUCACCUUUAAACGCAAAGAGUUUCAGGACAGCUUUGUGUUUGACAUCAAGACAGCUGAGAGAACGUUCUACCUGGUGGCAGAGACAGAAGAGGAGAUGAACCGCUGGGUGCGUUCAAUCUGCCAGCUAUGUGGAUUCAACCAGUCAGAGGACAGUCACCCAGAUGAGAGAUCUUCCACUUCCCACAUUUCCCGUUCCUUGGCUAAUGAUCUGGGCAGCUCUCUGGCUCCUCUGAUUGGUGAACGUAAAACAUCUGUCCCCGCACAUUCCAGUCAGCCAAUGCUGUUCACGUUCGACAUUCCUGUACGCCACUCCCACGGUCCUUUGUCUAACAGUGCUCCUCAGGACUACCUCCUCCUCCAUCAGUGCAUGAGCCGCAAGAGGGAGAGCACACGGAGUGCCAGUUUCUCACAAGUCUCACGCAGCAGUCUUUGGGUGGGCAGUGACUCUGCGGUUCAAAGACUCACUCAUGGUUUCUCUCACUGUCUGAAUGGCAUGGGCGCCCAACUUCACGGUUUCUACAGCUUACCCAAACCCUGCAAGCAUCAACAGCCCCCCUUGCAGACAGAUUCUCGUGAUGCUUACUAUGUCCUACCCAGGGAUUACAGCUCAGAAGGGCCCUCAGAGCUUGAAUCAGAAGAUGUCUACACCUAUAAGACUCCCAGUAACACUUUAGCAGCCCCAUAUGCCAACGAACAGCGACCCCUUGAUAACUAUGACCAACCCAGCACUCCUGGCCCUGUGUACCAGAUCCCUCGCACAUUCGAUAAAAACCACAAUGCCUUGAUGCCAUCCAGUGCUGACUCCACGAAUGCACCCCCUCCUAGACCACCCAAACCCAGCCAAGGCUUGGAGACUCGGUGGGGCAGCCCACUGUCCAUGGGGACUCAAAAUGGCGAGGUAGCCACAGUUUCUGUCAUUCCCAGGAGGAACACAUUGCCAGCGGUGGAGAACAUCAAGCUUCACAGAGGAUCCUCUUUUGAGACCAGCAGUCACCAGCGGCCAGUUUAUUUCAAUAACUCUGGUCAGUCAGUGGAGUCUGUCAAUGAUGGUUUCAGCUCUUAUCUGAGAACUAAAGCCACAUUGACCCGCUCUGACAGUGCCGGCUCUGAGGAUAACUAUAUGCCCAUGAAUCCUGGCUCAUCCUCAUCCCUUCUCAGUGCUGCCCUCGCUGACAGUCCCAAAAAUAAUUACAUUCCCAUGAGCCCAGGCCCUCACCAUUUUGAUUUCCCAGGAUUUUCAGCAACGUUGCCCACCAGGAAGGCCAGUACAGCUUCAUUAUGUCUCCGGCCUGGCCGACUAAGUGAUGUCACACCUCCACCAAUCAAUCGCAACCUUAAACCCAACAGGACAGCAAAACCAACACCUCUUGACUUGAGGAACAAUGGCAUCAUUGAUGAACUUCCCUUCAAGAGCCCCAUCACCAUGUCUUGGACCAGACCAAUGCCCAUGAAUUCCAUCUCAUCACAGCACUGUCGGCCCAUCUCCACACAGAGCAUCACCAGCACUGAUUCUGCAGACAGUGAGGAGAACUAUGUGGCAAUGCAAAACCCAGCAUCUACCUCCCCAGCAAUGAGUGGUACCAACAGUCCUGCACCCAGGAAUUGUGGUAAUGUGGACUAUUUGGCUCUGGACUUUCAGCCUGGCUCACCUGGUCCACACAGAAAGCCAUCAACUUCUUCAGUGACCUCGGAUGAAAAAGUGGACUACGUCCAAGUGGAUAAAGAGAAGACACAGGCCCUUCAGAACACCAUGCAGGAAUGGACAGAUGUGCGACAGUCAACCGAGCCAUUGAAAGGCAUCAAGUCUUGAUGUUCAAAUGGUCAUACACUGGCAAAGAGUGGGAACACUGAAUAUGUUCCUUCACGUCACCCAAAAUGCUCUCAUACUGUAACACUGUUAUUUGGAGAAUAUUUGGAUCCAAACUGAUGUACCUGGGACAAAAUUGCGAUGAAAUGGACAAAAGCCAUAUAUCCCAUUUAUUUAGAAUUUGGAGGACAAAACCCCCACUGAACUUCCAGGACUGUCAUGCAAGGCAUGUUAAACCUCUUAAACUUUUUAAAAGUCCUAUGCAACCUCACUUUGGCUACUUGCUCUGUAUGAUUGUGAGCCGAGAACCAUAUGUGGUCAGUGUGAAAUGGUGUAGUUGCAUUCUUUUGGUUUAAGUGAAAAUGGAGUCACUUUAGUUAUCUAUGACCUGUUGACAUUCGUAUUUAGAGCAGUCUCUUGGAAACUGGGCAGAACAGCAAACAAGUCUGCACGUUUAGUCGCUUUGGAUAUUAGACAUUAGAAAAUAGACCUAACAGAUGUUCGUCGCUCAUUCCCUGUUAUAUUGACACCAGAUAUGCAUUUCAAAGUAUCCAGUGGGCAAUCCCUUACUUUGCAUGCAGUCUGAAUGGGCAUAAUAUGACUAAAUGGAAUCAGUUGGAGUUGUCUAUAUAACACAUCUCCCUGAAACACAAAGCUUUCCUGGCUGUCACUACAAAAUAGGCUAGAGCAAACAGACAACAAAACACACAUAUGCAAAACCCAAGAAAUAUGCUAGUCAUAUUAUAUUGUAUAGCAACACAUCCGAUUUGUUGAAAUAUCUCAAGCCAAUGUGUUUUUAUUAUCUGACAGAAGAGGGAUGUAUGGACAGUUUAUUUUGAAAUCACUUACAAUUAUUAGAUGUAUUAUUGUUACUGUUUGCUCUCAUUGCGGUUUUAUUUCAGGCGAUAGAGCAAAUGGCUUUCUAAUAUAAAGAUUUUCACAUUUACUAAUGGUAAGAGAGGUUAAAAUAAACCUCAUGUCCUUUCAGUCAGUCAAUUGGCUCCAGCAAAAUGGCUGGGUAAUGCAAGCAGCUGUGGCUAUAAAUCAUAGCAGCCAUGCUUAUCUAUGUCUAUGGAUAUUAGUGGAAGGUCAAGACACUUAGAGGGUGCAUGUUUAAGAUGGCACCUUAAACAGUACAGAAUAAUCAAUGAUCAGUCAGGAUUGUUUCAACAGAUUUGCAUAUAGUAGGGAUUUGAAAUUCAUUUCAGGUGAUGUGUUUUUUCAAUGUUAAAAUAAGUUUAAAAUUUAAAGGUGCUGUAAGCGAUUUUUUUGUGGAAAAGUAUGCAAAGAAAUUGUCAUACUCCUUUAAAGAUAAGAAUGAAAUAAGUGUCCUAAGAUAUCUCACAGGUCUCUGUGUCAGCUGUAGACUUUGUAAACAUCAAACAAAUAUGUGUCCGCAUACCAAGCAUAUUGGCACUUUUCACCUGUCAAUAAUUUUGCUCGUUCUCAUAGUGUUGUAUUUGAAGCGGAUCUAUGAGGCUAUGAUUCAUAAUGUUUGUCAGUUGAGGGUGCUGUUGUGCCACUGUUGAAUUCGAAAGCCACAGGAACAAACAAUUCUGCUCUUUUGCUCGGUUUUGGUCUCAAAAUAAUUUUUGGAGGACGGGGUUUAGGACUGAGGGGGCAUGGCUAAUCCAACGGCUCAGUCACACGAAAUCUUCAGAAUGCUAAAAUCGCUUACAGCACCUUAAAUGUGCAGAGAAAUCUUAAGUAAGCCAUUUGUAGGUUGACUUGCCUAAAGAGUGUAAGCACACUGGCUCUCUGGUGGUUUAAACAAUGCUAUUUGUUGAAGCAGUUUGAAAACUAGUGGCUCAACCAAUGGCGUAAGUCUGGGGUGGGACUAUCUGUUUGACUGAACAAAUUAGCCAAGGAUGGAAGACUAUAACCAGGUUGGCAAAAAUAUGGCAACAGAGCCAAUUAUUUAGAAAUUAGCUUGAUGGCAUUUAUUUUCUCGAAAGACUAAAAUGUGUGACAAUACUAAAAUAACAUUAUUAUUAAAGGUUAAGCAUACCAUACACAUGUAAUUGUAUUUAAAUAAUAUGUGCUCGCUUGGGUUUAGGGACAAGCCAAAGCCAUCAAGAAUUAUCCUUUAUAAAUUUCCAAUAAUUCGAGAAAGACUGUGGAGAAUGUGCUAUUUCAUUCAGUAUUUUAUGGUGGGCUGGGACCUUCAAAUUCACGAUUUCACAUCAUUUUCACAUCAUUUUUUACUUUUAAUAAUUUCAUAUUCCUAAACCAUUUUGUAUUUAGUGUAAAAAUUAGUUAUGAGAUUGUGGGAGAUCUAUACUCAUAAACCUAAAUAAACCCUACAUAAAUUGUCUGUAAGGCCAAAACAUACAGUACUUCUAGCAUUGCAAGUUUGAUUUUGGGCGUUGUUGCAUUCCAAAAUGUGCCAGACCACAAUUCAUAACACAACACAAGUAUGCAUUGAAUUCUCAACAUUACUACAAAGGACGCUGUAUUGAGAUUAGUGGGAAGCCCUGGUUACACAACUCUUCGCUCAAUUCACUACCAUUCAACCACAUCCGAACUCGAGAAACGCAAGCCCAUGUGAAGAAAUAUCACGUUUCACAGCAGACAAUAGUUCAAGUUUGGUAAAUUCUGCAAAACUGUAUGACGAGAGGACAUACAGUUUUGUAUUGUUGUCGAAUCGUUACUCUCUGACAUCUUGGCCCAACACAAAGAAUACAUAUUUCAAAACUGCAUGUUUUAUUGUUGCAGGAAAUUGAGUAGACACGAUAUUUUAACAUUUUGAAUGUAAUAUUAUUUGUUAUUUGUGAUGUAUUAUUUACUAAAACAAGAAGCCCUCCCACAUAACAUCGUAUCCUGAUCCGUUGUAUUGUCCAAAAAAUGUGGAUGCUCAAAGCCUAUUGUGACCACCUAUUGAUCUGUCUGUUUUAACUGUGAGUUUUCUCUACUUCUGUCAUGGCUCUGCAAAAGUUUGAAGAGAAUAUUGCUCUUCAAGUUAGUCAAAGUCAAUAUAUUUAUAGCAAUUUACCAGAAUAUAACAUAUCCAGAUUAAUGGCACAGGUGUUUGAUGAUUGCUCUAUUGCCCCCUAGAGGACUGAGGUUUGUUCCUACCACGGUAAGUGCAAGAACACGCUUUAAUCAUGUUCAGACUGCAAGUAUGUUUCGGCCUUUAGAUUUAGAUCAGUUCAUGUUCAGUGGUUUAUUAAAAAUGUCCAUUACAAGACUGCCAUUAUGUUACUAAACUUUUUGGAACAAAAAUUCUGUGAUGACUUCACACUGGCAUUGGCCUCACCAGUUCUUUACCAUGUUUAUAUGAACUGUUGAGUGUCUGAAAUUAGUUUCUUUGUGUCUUUUUUACAAAAUAUGUAAUGUUAUGGGAGAGUUCUAGUAAGUGAAUAUAAUUCUUGUGUGUGAGCUGUAGUUGACUUUUUUGUUAGGGGGACUUGUCAGAUCAGGACAGGAGAGAAAGAACUACUUUGACAAAAUGUAAAAAGAAAUAUUGAGUUUACUUAUCUGUAAAGCAUUUCUGUUAAACUUUUUGUCGCUUGUGAAUUAAUUUAUUAAUUUAUUGUGUUUUGCAGGUAGACAAAAGAUGUAAAAAGAAUGAAUUUGUGGCUCUACUAACAUUAAUUUAUGCUAUUUGUCCUGAUUUUGUGAAGCAAAUUUGCCAAGCAAAGCCAGUAAAAUCUUCAAAUGCUGUUGAUUUGAUAUGUUUUUGUUGGUGUUGGUGUUAUUGUUGUUGUGUAAUGACAUUGUAAUUAAAAC